GGCUGUUCCCGGGGUGUUCCCGAGCACGCUCCGCCGCGCCUCGGGGCUGCCAUGCCGGUGGCGGCCGCCGCCCCCCUGAUCAGCUCCGUGCAGAAGCUGGUGCUGUACGAGACCAGGGCUCGGUAUUUUCUAGUUGGAAGUAAUCCUGCAGAAACCAAAUACCGUGUUUUGAAAAUAGAUCGCACUGAACCAAAGGAUUUGGUUAUAAUUGAUGAUAAGCAUGUUUAUACACAACAAGAGGUGAGGGAACUUCUUGGUCGUUUAGACCUGGGAAACAGAACAAAGAUGGGACAGAAGGGUUCUUCUGGGUUAUCUCGAGCUGUCUCUGCUUUUGGUAUAGUAGGUUUUGUCAGGUUUUUAGAAGGCUACUACAUUGUGUUAAUAACAAAAAGAAGAAAAAUGGCAGAUAUUGGAGGUCAUGCAAUAUAUAAAAUAGAGGAUACAAAUAUGAUCUACAUUCCAAAUGACUCUGUAAGAGUUAGUCAUCCUGAUGAGGCCAGGUAUCUGAGAAUCUUUCAAAAUGUGGAUCUUUCUAGCAACUUCUAUUUUAGUUACAGCUAUGAUCUAUCUCACUCCCUUCAGUAUAAUCUUACUGUCCUGAGAAUGCCACUUGAGACAUUAAAAACUGAAACAACCCAAACCCGACAAGAGAGUUUUGAUAUAUUUGAAGAUGAAGGACUUUCAACACAGGGGGGAAGUGGUGUAUUUGGGAUUUGCAGUAAGCCUUACGAAAAGUAUGUGUGGAAUGCCAAGCUUCUGGAAGCAGUAAGAACUGCUGUUCAUCGUGACUGGCUGCUAUAUAUUAUUCAUGGAUUCUGUGGACAAUCAAAACUGUUAAUAUAUGGCCGCCCUAUAUAUGUCACUCUGAUAGCCAGAAGAUCAAGCAAAUUUGCUGGAACACGUUUUCUAAAACGAGGAGCAAACUGUGAGGGAGAUGUUGCUAAUGAAGUGGAAACUGAACAAAUACUUUAUGAUGCUUCAGUUAUGUCAUUUUCUGCGGGCAGUUAUUCUUCAUAUGUUCAGGUUCGAGGGUCUGUCCCUCUGUACUGGUCUCAAGAUAUUUCAACUAUGAUGCCUAAGCCACCCAUAACACUGGACCAAGCAGAUCCUUAUGCACACGUUGCUGCUCUUCACUUUGAUCAAAUGCUUCAGAGAUUUGGCUCUCCCAUUAUUAUAUUGAAUCUUGUGAAGGAACGUGAAAAAAGAAAGCAUGAAAGGAUUCUCAGUGAAGAACUUGUUGCUGCUGUGACAUAUCUCAACCAGUUCUUACCCCCAGAGCAUGCAAUUAUAUAUAUACCCUGGGAUAUGGCCAAAUACACUAAAAGCAAACUUUGCAAUGUCCUUGACAGACUGAAUGUGAUUGCAGAAAGUGUAGUAAAGAAGACUGGAUUUUUUGUAAAUCGACCUGAUUCCUACUGCAGUAUCUUGCGUCCAGAUGAAAAGUGGAAUGAACUGGGAGGUUGUGUUGUUUCCACUGGUCGCUUGCAGACUGGAGUCCUCCGAACCAACUGUGUGGACUGUUUAGAUCGCACUAACACAGCCCAGUUUAUGGUGGGGAAAUGUGCUUUGGCCUACCAGUUGUAUUCAUUGGGAUUGAUUGAUAAACCAAACUUACAAUUUGAUACAGAUGCUGUAAGAUUAUUUGAAGAAUUAUAUGAAGAUCAUGGAGACACGCUUUCUCUGCAGUAUGGAGGCUCUCAGCUUGUCCACAGAGUGAAAACAUACAGAAAGAUUGCUCCAUGGACUCAGCAUUCCAAAGAUAUUAUGCAAACACUCUCAAGAUACUAUAGUAAUGCUUUCUCAGAUGCGGACAGGCAAGAUUCUAUCAAUCUCUUUCUGGGAGUGUUCAAGCCUGCAGAAGGAAAGCCACAUCUCUGGGAACUUCCCACUGAUUUUUAUUUGCAUCACAAGAACACCCUCAGUCUGUCACAGGCCAGGCAAAGCUAUACUUACUGGUGGACCACAGGUGUGCUAAAGCAUUUACCUCUUCCUUUUGAUGAAGUGACGUGUGCUGAAAACAGACGCAAGUUGACAGUGAAGAAAUUCCACAAAUACGAAGAGGAAAUUGAUAUCCACAAUGAGUUUUUUAGGCCAUAUGAGUUGAGCAGUUUUGAUGAGACCUUCUGCUUGGCAAUGACCAAUUCUACACGAGAUUUUAUGCCUAAGAAUGUGGGAAUUGAUCCAAGUCCGUUUACUGUUCGUAAACCUGAUGAAACUGGAAAAUCUGUGUUGGGGAACAAAAAUAAUAGAGAAGAAACUGUGCUGCAGCGCAAAACAGCUGCUAGUGCUCCUCCACCCCCAAGUGAGGAAGCAGUGUCAAGUAGCUCUGAAGAUGAUUCUGGGACUGAUAAAGAAGAUGAGGGUGCUGUUUCUCAACGUUCAACUCCAGUAAAGGUGACUGAUACAGGAGACAAUACAAAAAUCACAGAGAAUGUAGUGCAAUCAACAAAAGAUGUGUAUGGAGUCAAUCUUUCAGAUAUCCCUUCAGAAGAUGAUCUUGCAAUAUAUGCAAGGUUUGUUCAGCUGGGACAGAGCCAGCAUAAACAAGACAAGGGCAGCCAGCAAUUUUGUUCAAAACACCUCUUGGAUAAGGUCAUAAAUUUAAUACCCAUCUCCUCCUUUUCUCAAGACAAUAUUUAUGAAGUCCAGCCUCCAAGAGCUGAUAGGAAAUCAAUAGAGAUUUUCCAUGCACACAUUCAGGCUGGAAGAGGAAACAUGCAGCUUCUGGGAAGAGAUGAUUUCCUCAUGUACAGAGAGUACAUUCGAAACAGAUACAUGUAAAUCCAAGCCAGAUUCUCCUGCCAAAUCUACUGUACUGAUAAGUCCCAAAAAUAAUUUUAGAAAGGAAAUCUAGUUUUGUUCUUUUGCAGUAAGGAACUUAUUACUAACUUUUCUAUUUAUUAUUCUUUACUGUUAUCCAUUUAUUGUAUUGUUCUUUAGGGGAAAAUGUGGUUUAAUAGCUGAUUUAAAAAGUUAUUUAAUAUCUUUUUAGCUGAAAGUGUAUCCUAAGAGACUAAGUGAAUAAUCAGAGCUGCCAGAGCUACUAGAGAGUAUGUAGCUAUUUGUGGUAAAGAAAAUAUGGUGUCUUUAGUUUUUUUAUGUUAAUUUCUUACAUUGUUAUGUUUGAUAAUAAAACUGAAGUGAUUUGUACACAAGAAUCAGAAGAGAAUAGUUUUCUUCCCCUUUUUUUCAUGAUAGAAAACAAUCUUCUUUUACAGCAGAAUAUUUUCUGAUAUUUCUUGAGGUUUUUAGAAAAGUGAGUGCUAGAAUGACUGCUUGCAAAUUUCUGCCUUUUUAAGCAAAAGUGAAAAAUAUGUGACUUAUGUCAAAAUCAAAAUUUGCAUCAAUACUAAUAAACUUUGUAACCCUAA